AUGGAUGAGCAGGAUACCUCGACUAUAUCCUCACAUGAUUGUGGCAAUAAAGACGACGAUAGAUGGAUAUGGGAAGGAUUCGUAGCUGAAGGUACUGUUCAUUGUAUCAUACAUAUUUGUUACGGCUAUGUUUAGCCGUGUCUUGCAAUAAUAUAUGUUGUGUAUACCUUUUACGGUGUGACAAUAUUAUACAGUUUAAAUACUACUGCCGGGGCCAAAUACGCCAGUAUUGUGAGUUAAGUUGUUAAGUAAACAGGCUUCGACACAUCCUAUUGCGGAUUUGUAUUAGAUUUCGACUUGAUGAGGCAGAAGUAUCAUUUUUAAUAACUAUUUUGAAGCAUAAACAUGGUUGGUUUGGUUCAUGUUCAUAUUAUAAGUCAAAAUACUGCAUGUAUACAAACACCUACACAGUUUUAAAGACGAUUGUGAUGUUUAUUAUAGCAGAACUUUCGCAAGUUGCAAUAUUUGCUGCUUAGCUGUUAGUGUUGCAAUAUUUUCCGCCUUUAGCGAGUGAAGAUUUCUAUGUUUUGAAAUGUUUAUAUUCGUGUGGAUUGCCCAAUUCGGCCUAUUUGGGCAUUUGUUUGGCUUGUUUACUUUGUGAGAAUGUAAUUUUUAACCCCUGUUGCCUUGCCGCUGCUGCGCUGCACGUCUGACAGGCUAUUAAGCAUCCUGUAAUUCAACUUUCUCAACGUAUUACUUUAUUUUGUUAGGUUAUACUUAUAGUGUAAUUUAGACUAUAGAGUAUAGUCUAUAGUGCCGGACCAGCAUGCAAAAGAGUGGCAAGACUGAGAGUUGCAGAAUGUUCGGGUUGCUUCUAGCUUGAUAAAUAUAUGUAUAUGUGCGUUUUGCGAUGUUAAUAGCUCGCUAAGGUCCAGCGGGCAGCAGCUGUUUUGUCUCUGUGGAAAUAAGGCAUUAAAUACAAAGAAGCUUUGAAACUAAGCUGAAAUAUAGUCCCAAUUCUGUCACGAUUGACCCUAUGCCUUCAAUAACAAUGGCGGUUUAUUAUUCCCCUCUCCACGCAAAUUUCACACACAUUUACUGAAAGCCAGCAAGCAAUAUAACGAUUUUGAUAAGCCAACCACAUAAUAUAAUGUCGUCAAAACUAAUUUCAAACUGGAAAUUAAUAAGACCGCCAGAUCUACACUUUCUCACGGUUUCCGCUCCGACUUAACUUUGCUAGAGUAGAAUUUCAUCUGAGCAUAUUUCGUGUCUUAAAUCUUGGACACCAUUUGGGAGAAAAUAUAUUUUACGUAAAAACAUACUUACAUACCUGCAUGGCAUUGGAUGAAUGAAUUAGUGGAUGAAUGAAUAUAAAUUAUUUCCUGAUGAGAUUAUACAGAUUGUAUGUUGUGGACUAAAUAUAAUCCUAUAUAACUACCUCUUAAUAAUUGUACUGUAUGUCAGCUUUCUGAUAAAUCAGUUGCAUGUACACAAAUUUAAUAUAGUCCGGCUGAUUUCAGUAUAAAAACGUAUGAAAUGAAAUGAAAUGAAAUGAAUAGGAUUAUUAUUGCAAGUUAUACUUAAGGUGUUGAACGAUAUGGAUUAUGGGUAUCUAUAUAUGGGUAUCAAUGUUUUUAUCUGAUAGUACCUUUAUGUACGGUACAAUAAUGUACAUCAACAUAUUAAAAUGUAUCCAUACAGUGACCCAUAUAUAGGCCUAGUAUACAGGAUUAUUGUUAUUUUGUUGCUGCUCUAUGUUAAAAGGUCUUUGUUAGAAUAUAAAGUUUCCAAUCCUCCGCUCGCUCGCGUGCAUUCCCCUCCCCAAACUCAGAUUUGGACGACCUUUGGGAAGAAUCUAUAGUAAGAGGGAAAAGUCCUCAACCGCGUUCAUGGCGCAAGGCCCUGCUUUUUCACAUUUUUAAUAAUACAUUAUGCAAGACUCGAAACGCCCAAAUUUAAUCCGAAUUUCAUGGUAUUUAUAGGCAUUAGGCGGGAGGUCUGUACCCACGCUCUAUGGGUUUUGUCGGAACAAUCAGCCAGCACGUCUCUUUUUUAUUAAAAAUGGACGAGAGCGAAUGACUUGUUUCCUUAUCUUAAUAAAAUAUACAAACAUUUGAUUUAAAGCGAAUAAUAUUACGAAUUUUUGGGCAACGGCCGUUCCAACGUGAACGCUUGAAUACUUGUAGUCUUAGUAAGUCUUAGGGACUGGAGUCAUCCACAGUAAGUUAGCAACACAACGUGCAAGCGUAUACUGUAUAGAAAGCGUACUGUUAAAACGGCGAUAAUUAUAGACUCAUAUAUUAACAUCACUCCUAUAGGAAUUCCGAACAUUUAUUAGUACGCUCUGGGAGGGGAACGAAAAAAGAGUACUCUUGAACAAUAUCAAAUAGUUUUAGAGAUCUAUUUCUUGAACAAUAUUUUUUAAAUAGUUUUAGAAAUCAAUCACUGUAUAAGCCUAAUAUAGAUUUACAAGUAUGAGCCUGUUUAUAUGGAGGCGAGUUACCUGGAGAUAUAACCGAUCGGAGAUACGAUCGGUGACGGAUUGAAUGCUUGGGUGAGAAGAACAUAAUGUGCAAGCAUAGAAAACGCGGACUCAUUAUCGUCAUCCCCAUAUGCAUGAACAUUUAGGAGUACGCUCUGGGAGGGGGUCGAGUACUCUCUAGCUCAUGUGCGCUUGUGAAAAUGGUGAUAAUUAUGGAUGACCGCUUGACAGAAAACGUUUGCCUAAACAACAAAUUCAUAAACAGAGCAGUGCAUAUAUCACGUAACAACUUAUAUAUACAUGAGUGUACAGAUUGAGAACCGUACGUGGAUUUUUAUCACCAUGGGAUUUAUAGUCAACUGAUGAAAUAUUUGUUCAUUCGAGGCUUUUUGAAUUUAGUGUCAUAAUGGGUUUAAUAUAGCCUAAAUGUAUAGCGUCACAGCUUAAAAUAUUCAUAUCGACACAAACAUCAAUUUUCAACAACUCAUUAUAGUCUUACGUUGUUUUCCAGUAUAUAUUCAUGCAGUAGGGUGUUGCUUUUACCACAACAGCCACUGACACUCAGUAUAAAAACUCUAUGGUACGUCGAUAUAAUUUAUAUACUUAACAAUUAUACCAUUCGCUAUCGUCGUAUAUGCAUGCAGGAGUCAAUACUAAUAGCCACACAUAACUGGGGCUUAUAAAACAUUUAAAAUUUUUAUCUGACUAAUCCUGACCAUAUAUAAGUCUGAUGUUUUUAUUCCAGAAAAAAUCUUCGUUGAAGCGAGAAAGGAAGGAUACGAGUGUUACCACUAAAAAAAUUAAUACCCAAAGUAAAGGCAAAGAGCUGGAAUAAAAACGAAUUGCAUGCAGCUUUUGAAAGAAUGCUUUCUUGUCCUUUUUAACUAACUCUUUCUACACAUUUGAAUAAAUAAAUUUUACUGAUUAAAAUUUAAAAAUCAUAAAAACAUAUAAGACAAAGAACCUAUUUUAUGUAAUUAAAAAAAACCCUUUUAAAUUUCUUUUUAGUUUCUUUUUAAUAUUGCAAUAGGUUAUUUGCUUUUAAUGAUCUUUUAAUUAUUAAUCUAGGGAAAUUAAUAUAUUCAAGUGAGUCGAAAGAGUUAAAAAGGACAAAAAAUGUCUUUCAAUUCGUUUUUAUCCCCUGCAUGUCUUCUUAGCGAGUAGUAAUUAAAAAGACUCGUAUUUCAAUCAGAACUGGAGAUUAAAAAUCUGGUUGCUAACCUGUUUUUUCUUUGUGUAUUUGUUUCUAUUUUGGUGUGAAAAACGAAUAACUCGUUUCGCAAAGCCCGGUACAUUUUGUGCCGUCAUGCAUCACUGAUGCAUGCAUGCUGAUAUGCAUGCGGUGAGGUGUAUAACUCGACCAGUGAGAUUGUAGAAUUGCUCAUGUACAGUAGAUGGCCAUGCAUGAUUACAUAUACAAUGGUGCACAUAUACACUAGCUUUAACACUAUCUUUGACAACAGUUUCACGUGAACGCGUCCACCUCGUACAAAAAGGUUGAGAGCAAUAGUUGUUUUUGACAUUUAGGCGCGGUCACUAAUUCAAUAUCAGAAACGUCACUAUAUUUUCCAAACAUGAAGUAUUUGAAGUGGUUGUCAUGGUAACACGAUCAUUUUAUUCUUUUUGUAUAUUUUUUAAAUUGAAAAAAAUUAUCACUUUUAAUUCACACAAUUAUUAAUUUCCCAAAUUGUACGUUAGUUAUGUUAUAUGCGUGAUAUAGACUUCAACAAUUUUUCAAUUUAAUGUAAAAUUCAUAUCCUUAUAUAAAAAUAUAUAUAUUUAUCCGAUUCCUCAAGUCAUAUUCAAAUAGUUUGAGAGAAAUUGAGAAAUAGAUUAAUUUACCUCUACUACUUAUCUUUAUGUGUUAUUUUGCCGAUAUAUGAUUUGAGCGCGUUUUCGUUUUGUGUACAUGUCAGGUAAAGGUAAUUGAACAGUUUUAUUUCUUAAGGUGGCUCCCUACAGUAUUGAUUGUACAGCACACAAUUGUAUUAAAAAAAACAUUAUUUUAUCAUCUUGCAAAGUACGAUCACGAAACUCGGCCACAUAACUACUACAAUAUCGCGAAUUACGAAAAAUAAAAAAUGUCGUUAAAAAUCCCCGUUACCAUGGUAAUAGAGCGAUUUUAAAAGGGGCCAAUUUGCAUAUUCUGAUAAUUUUUUGAAAAUUUCUUCGGUAAAACUUUUUAAUUUUUUGCACACAGUAAUCUUAUCUACAAUUCCUUCAAAUGAAAGCAUUUUAAAAAAUCGUGCGAGAAUUUUUUUUUUUAAUUAAUUAAUCCUCAAAAAGCCCCGUUUUUGAAAUAAAAAAAAAUUCGGCUCGUACGAAAACUUGCACAUUUUACGCACUUUAAGAUUACUGGAGAGUGUGUGAGUUUUAAAAAAUUUUGCCGAAGGAAACACAAGAAACAUUUAUUUUUAUCUAUGAGUGACGUCACAAAAAUCAGGAUUUCAAUUUCCUCGACACAGUCACACAGACCUAAAACUGUAGGGAGCCACCUUAAUGUAAGAUAAUAUUUUAGCAAUUAUUUAGCAAUUAUAUCAUAUAUUGCCGAAUAAAUAUAUAUAUGUUAUUUACCGGAUUGGAGGUCCGUAUAGAGAAAGAUUUCUCGAGGUCUUCAUCGUCUGCAGACAUUUUAAUAUUUUAAAAAGUAGCCUUUAAACUCGUCUUUAAAUUUUUAAAAAUAAAAACAUUGGCUCUACGGCUUUAAAUCUCGCGCGGUCCGCACGGGCUCAUACGGACCGCUCACGUAUCGAAUCAGAUUGCAGAAAAGCGUAAAAUAUGACUUCGGACCGCAAGAAAAAAAAUAAAUAUUUUUACGACCUGUUGACGUGGAAGUGGUCGUGUAUCAUGCGAAACUGAAUAUGUAAUAUAAUUUAUAAACAUCAGAGGUUGGUCAUGACUGGCCGGCACAUUUCAUCACGUAUAGGCCUACCGAAAGUGAUGGCAUAGAAACAAUGGUAUUGAAUAUUGCGUAUACUCCAUGAUGCAAAAACCCUUUUGAGAACAAAGACUAAUCUCAAGAGCUAGACACGGCUCUUGCCACGUCAAGUUUGUGAGUUCGGAAAAUGAAGAUUUAAAUGACGAAUAUACAAUCAGUGACAAAAUUCGUGGACGCGACUUAGGCUGAGACAGAAAGAUAAUCCCCUCCCCCCUGAUCAAUGUUGUUUGACUAAAUUAAUUGACAUUUCAUCUAUUUUAUCUAAGUAGUUUUGUAUAUACUAUUGUUUUGUUGACUCUCCCAGCACAUACAGCAACAUUGAAACAGGGAGGGAAGUUUUACAUGUUACUGAAUUUGUAGUUCAAAUAAUGUAUCAAUCGGAUAGUAGGAGCGUCUAUAUUGGGAGUAAUUAUCUAACAAUUGUCGACUUCUGGCUUGUGGGAACUGAUUGUUGAUUCUUAUUCCAGAAAACUGAAAUUACAGUGACUUGGACUAAAUUUUAAUAAGUGUCGCUGUUUCGCCGAUUUGGGGCUUUGGUAUUAUGAGUUAGGACUGUAGUGCACAGACUUACUGAUGAUAAACUAGACUUUGAUUCAAUAGGACUUAACGCAAUAACACCUGGCUGACUUAACUAUUUUUGUUUCGCUGGAAACUGUGUUUGUUGUAUUUUACUCAAGCAUGCAUAACGCGGAACAGUUCCUGAGAGGACUUCAAAUCAUGGGUUAAUUUCCUUUACGUUAUGGAAAUGACGAUGCAUUGACGCAGGAUGAAACUUUAUUCAGGCUUCAAAUGAUGCCUUUGAAAAUCGGGUUUCCGUAACGAGUUAGCAUAAACGUGGAAUAAAACAUGAAAGAUCUUUAAUUUUGAAAAUCUGAAUAAAGAGAGAAAGACUAUAGCAGCAUCUCUCAAUCUUGCAUCCUCUUUUUGAAAUCUUGCAUGUUGGAAUACUUUUCCCAUAAAGGCGUAUUCCCAAAGAGCAAAAGCGCGGUGGAAUUAAUUUCCUCAUGGGGCACUAUAUAUGUGAUUAUCGGCGAGUGAUUAUCGAGGUAAUUAUAGGCGGUGAUUAUCACCGAGCCUGAGCUGAUGUAAAUAAUUGUUUUAGUAUAAUUUCAUAGGUGAUUAUUUGGAAAAAAAAUACACAUUUCUUCGUCAUUUAAUUGACAAAACGGCUUCUUCCGCCAUUUCGAAAAUCGCUUAGCUGAUUAUAGCGUUAUAAUCACCUCAACGGCAACCAAUCAGCGUGGAGAAUUUUCAAUAAUCACCUAUGUAAUUAUACUAAAACUAUGUACUCCUGCAAAGCAUUAUGUGAGUAUUGUAAUUAUAACGCCUGAUUUAAUAUUAUAGUAGUAUUAUAACUUUCCAACGAAGGGCCUUUGUUGGGCCGUUCUGGGGUUUUUUUUUCAGAUAAUUGUAUCUCACACCGCAACUUACAGAUGUAUAGUUUAUAACACCUGAAUGUUUAAGGUUUUAAUACAUUUUCGCAUCCCUUCGUUUUUGACCUUGUGGGAACGGGUUUAAAUAUCUGCGUUCACACUAGCGUUAUCGAAUCAUUUUCUGCCUCAUCGCAAGACUGCGGUACACAAUAACACUACCCUGGGAUGGGCCGGAUCAUGGGGUUUCCGUUCAACUUAAUAACCUGUAGCCCGUGCUCAGGUGCAGAGUGGUAGAGGUGCACUAGCACUGGAACGUUUUCAAUGGGCUGUAUUUAUUCAUCCCGCGAAAAAAGUCUAGAAAGAGGAAAACAGUUAGUAUAUACGUGUUGUUCUUCAAGGUCUGGCCUAAAAUCUUCGUUGAUACAGUAAUGAAACCUUUUAGUAGCUUUGCUUUGCUUCCCUCGCCAAGAGGAAAGACCCUGGGUACGAGGUUAUUUAGUGCGUUCACUCGCUAAUGCGAUCAACCACCACAUUUUGAAAUCCCAAACAGUAUACAAUCCUAUAAAAUGUUACCCUGUUAAUACUGUACGGCCUCUCGCGUUAAAUUUAGAAAAUCAAAAUGCCUGUGAACACUGAUACGUCAGAUGCCCUUUCAAUGUCACCGAUUUCUUCCCAAAUACUAUUGCUUGCAGAUUAAUCAAUUCAGUUCAAAUCAGAACAAACAUUCACGUUUGCCUGAGUUAUGGCGCUCAUCAGCGUCUCUCGCCUAUCCACACUGAUCCAAAACGCGUCCGUUUUUAAAAGUCUCCACUUUUAAAGACGUCUUGGAAAAGCAACGUUUUCAUGCAUGGAUGAGGGUAUUCGUUAUCCAUAUAUAAUAUGUGGACAAUCGGUGAAAACGCGUACAAAAGUGCUGGUUUUCAAACGAAAAGGCUUAGUAAUAGUACGUACAUUAGUAAUAGUAUAUGAAUAAGCUAAAUAUUUUGCUUGACUAGGUGAUGUUGGUUUUCCAAAACUAAAGACAAUCGAUGUUGCUCAGUUGUUACAGACCAAGUCAGUGUACGUUUCAGGUAUGAUAUGCAAAUGUUUAACGCCCAAGAAUAUUUUGACUCGAUAUUCGAGAUAUUUGAAUUUAAAUUUCUUAUUCAACCUAGGAGUUAUAUAUAGUCAUUUGUAUGGUUUGUUACCUGUAUAUUUAGUUUUCCGAGGACCGUCGUGAUGCAAUUACGAAGAGAUAGUUCUCAAAAUAUACAGCACGCGCUUUUCACCUCUGAUAUCUUGGGUUCGAUUCCCGUUGUGGACGUUAUGAUAUCCAGGGACGCCGGAACUGGGGGGGGGGACGCAGGAGGGACAGCCGCUCCCGUUGCCCUUUACCAGGAGGGGAAAGGGGGGCAAAGGUGCCCUUUCACAGGGCCGUAGGAAGCUCUUUUCGAUUGGGGGGGCUGAAAGCGAGGGCCGAAGGCCCGAGGAAAUUUUUAAAUUUAGAGUCUCUAAAAUGCCAUUUCCUGGACUUUGGGGGGAAGAUUUAACAGAAUUCUGAUAGUCAGAAAACAGCGUUUUAGUAUGUCGAAAUUUACAGGAAAGUAUGGGCCAGACUGUAGUAUUAUAAAUGCGCGGCGGAAAUUUUCGUCGUAAAUGGCAGUUGCGCGGAAAUGAAGGCAGAACAUUUGAGAAAAUUUCGAAAAUCUGGAGUCUCUAGAUGGUCUUAAAUGGCAUUUUCAGAGUUUUCUUUCGCAAGACCCAACACGCAAAAGACAAAAUAAAUCAUUAGUUCAUCAAAAAUGUGCAGAUUUUGUGGGAUUUUCUUGAAAAUGCGCGACAGAAAUUCAGCUAAAAUUUCUACGCGAGGAACGAUCUGGAGUAUGAGUAAUAUCUUCAUUCUUUGCAGUUUGUCACAGAUUAAAUGAUAAAGUUUGCAUGCAAUGAUUUUGAAAAAAGAAUGAUUAUUAGCAAAUUAUUGGGGGGGGGGCUGCAGCCCCCCAGCCCCCCCGGUUGCUACGGCCCUGGUUUCAAUUUAAAGGAUUGCCUUGGCGAAAUAGCGAAUUGUCGGAAAUGUUAGUGCAAUUAUUUUACGAAUUUGCUUCAGAAAACACAAGAAAUGCAGUCAUCGAGCUUCAAGAUAGCACAAUCGCCUGGCGGAGAACCCCCUCGCACCCCUAUGAUCCAAUAAAUGGAAAACGGAUUAGGGGAAGUUCAACUCCCGAUGUUUUGCAAACAUCCCUUAGUAUAUGUCAAUCAGUCAAAAGUACCCUUUCACGAAAAUCUGCCCCCCCCCUUGCCUUCACAUCGUUCCGGCGUCCCUGAUGAUAUCCAUGUGAAAAGAGUCAGUCAACGCUCUGCCGAAAGACGUGGGUUUUCUCUUGAUACUCCGGUUUCCUCCCACAGGGAAUGUUGACAGGGUGGUUGGGAAUAGCCCCUAAGCUGGGAUUAGCCCUACUAAACUAACUCUUCCAUCUUAGCUGUGCUCCCUGAUCAGACAUGAGUCGUCAUAAGGUGGCAACCAGAGGCGCCCCUAGAAAGCCUUCCACUCGAUCACGUUGAACUGUGUCCUUCGCAAUUCAGCUUAGCUCUCAGCUGCAAGUAAGGAUAACAACCCAACUUUCUUACAGUACCUUGUAAUGUAAAUAAGAUAUUGAUAUUAUAUAAUAAUUAAAGCACAAGAAUUUAUGUUAUUCUUAUUAAAUUAAAGUGUCGUCCAACAAGAUUCUUGUCAAUGUAAGGAUAUGCCCAAAAACGAAGUCUAAUUAAGUGGUUAACUUGGAGUGACCCCAUGUACCAAACCCAGGCCUUUUGUCAGAAAAUGCGAUACUCACACUGACUCCACUCAUUAAACAUGGCUAUUAGACGGCCCUGCACGGGGCUACUACUGAAAAAAAAUCGAAAUUUAUAAGCAAUUUUGUAUUUGAGUGGCAUUUUGUGUCAAUAUGGUUUAUGAAACAGGCCGAGUCCGAUCAAUAAAUUACUUCUGGUGUUAUUUUGAAAUAAAUAAUUGGAUUUAUGGACGUUUGUUGGAGUGGGUAUAUUUAAUAGAUAGUCAUGGCCAUCUAUUGAAUAUUUAGUUAUGCCAAACUACAUUGCCCAUGCAUUAUAAAUAUAUAGAUCAGUUUAUUAAUUAUUAAAUUUUUAAUUUCUCUUCCAGGUGGCUUGGACAAAACGGGCUCUCCGCUCAUAAUCUUUCCACCAUGUAAUGAAUUUGGAGACAUUAAUGACACAGACAUUGAGAAGAUUUUCCAUUACUUAGUCCAAAGAUUUGG